UUAUGCAGCCAGCGAGACUCGGUAAUAGAGCCAUCAGUGAGUGAGAGGGAGGCAGAGAGAGACGGCUCUCGACGCGGAUCGCUCAGUUUCGUCUCUCGGCUCUUUUCUUCACGAACCCACUUCAGAUCGGAGGAGCCAGGUGACCGGCCGCUCUGUCUGUCUGUCUGUCGGGACCCAGCAGUGGAUGUUCUUGGGCGCCUUCUUCCCACCGCGGUGAGGCUGGACGGAUAAACUCACCAUGGCGCUGGAACCGGAGGGGAACAAGCUGCAGCUGCAAGACGUUCUGGCGAGACCGGGCAACGAAAAGUGCGCGGACUGCGGCAAUCCAGAACCAGACUGGGCGUCGCUGACUUUGGGUGUGUUUGUUUGCCAGGCCUGCUCGCUCCUUCACCGGAGCAUCCCGCACAUCAGCCGGGUCAAGUCUGUCCAGGAUACGUGGGAUGCCACCGAGGUGGAGUUAAUGGCUGCAAUGGGAAACGGUGCGGCCAAGGCCAAAUAUGAGCAGAAGGUUCCUGCUUUCUACUAUAGACCAACACACACUGACUGCAAGCUGCUGAGAGAGCAGUGGAUCAGAGCCAAGUAUGAAAGGAACGAGUUUGAGUUUAUCGAGAAGCAGGAGCCAUACUCCGCAGGGUACCGAGAGGGGUUUCUAUGGAAACGAGGACGAGACAACGGUCAGUUCCUCAGCAGAAAGUUCGUCCUGUCAGAGAGGGAGGGAGCGCUGAAAUACUUCAACAAACAGGAUGCCAGAGAUCCCAAGGCAGUAAUGAAAAUAGAAACCCUCAACGCCACCUUCCAGCCGGCCAAGAUUGGCAACCCCUGCGGACUGCAGAUCACCUACCUGAAAGACAACAGCACAAGGAACAUCUUUGUUUACCACAAUGAUGCCAAGGAGAUGGUUGACUGGUUCAAUGCUAUCAGAGCGGCCAGGUUCCACUAUCUGCAGGUUGCCUUCCCUGGAGCAAGUGAUGAAGAGCUGGUGCCCAAACUGACCCGAAACUUUAUGAAGGAGGGCUUCAUGGAGAAAACAGGUCCAAAGCACACAGAGGGCUUCAAGAAGAGGUGGUUUACUAUGGAUGACAGGCGGCUCAUGUAUUUCAAAGACCCUUUGGAUGCCUAUGCCCGUGGCGAGGUGUUCAUCGGCAGCAAGGAGAACAGCUACACUGUCCUGGCCGGCUUGCCCCCAUCCACACAGGGCUACCACUGGAACCACGGCAUCACCAUCGUCACGCCAGAGAGGAAGUUCCUCUUUGCCUGUGAGACUGAGGCCGAGCAACAGGACUGGAUAGCCGCUUUCCAGCGAGUCAUCAAUCGACCAAUGAGGCCACAGGAAUAUGCAGUGGAGGCCCAUUUCAAACACAAGCCUUGAAGUCUGCAGGAAACCAGAGCUCAACUGGACCAGCCCAGUCUCAUUCAGAUCAGAGACGGCCCCAGCACGCGACCAACGACCAUGGCGAGAAGAGGUGGGGUGGGUCUUAUGGGUCACAAGGGGUUUUAGAGAUGAGCCAAGAUGAGAAAACACGAAGAA